GGAGCAUGCUGCCUGCGAGGUGGAGAGUGAGGCAGACAUUAAAUUAGGUCGGGCUCCACCCACUGUUCAGACUUCGAGUCGAAUAACUCGACAGGUUUUGGCAAGUUGGGCAACAUGCCGCUUAUUGAUGCCGCCCACCUCAAAACGCUGCAUGAACGCAGCAUGGCACAGGCCCGUGGCAUUGACAUUGUGUGCCGAAAUUCUGCAUCGAUGUCGUCAACUGGCACCUGGAGCUUCGGUCAGUGGCGUCCGACAUCAUCAAUAGUUCAGAUCUCGACACCGUGUUCGGUGUCAAGCAAGUUCAUCGAAUCGUCUACCGCAAAGUCCAUGGCCACUCCCAAAGACAGCCCUUCAAACUCCGGGACUCAGACUGGGCAAAGAAGAGAAGACGAAAGUGGGAAUACUUCUUGACCCUAGCAGUUGCGCGCUUCGACUUGUGGGUCGACAAGGCAGCAAGUAUUGUGUCUCAGAAGCAAGCCGCCUCAGCAACCUG